AGAGGAUUGAAGAUGAAGCGGUUUACUCGCGGAGGCGGGGCCGCGUCCGCUGCGCGUAAAACCUCCAGCAGCAGCACGGAGCUGUGGCUCCUGCAGAGGGAAGAGUCCGCACCUUUCAGUGCCACUGGCUCAGCUCUGUCAUGCCAGAGGGAUGCUGCUUGCAGCAGAGGCGACUCAGACUCGGACCACAGGACCAGAGGGGACCUCGGGAUGAUAUGCAACAAAAACGGAGACUGUAGAAGGGAAGGGGCCAGUUCCGGGAGCCUCUCCUCCCUCAUCUCAAGGCAGGAUGAUCAAGCAGAUGGAGUUGUAGUGAGUGAGGAGGAGGGCACCGGGCUGGCUGGGAGCAUGGACGGCACCGUGCCCUCAGCGGGGCCCCUGACACCGGGGCCCCUCACACCGGGGCCCCUGACACCGGGGCCGGGGGCCGAGGUCAAAAAAGACUCCAGAGUUUCCUUUUCCUACGCGCCAACUAAGGGGCAGACCUCUGGUCGGCAGUCGAGAAGUUCUAUCGCUUUCACCAAGUCAGAGGACGGCUGCUCUCAGAUAGUUCCGGAGGAUGAUGGGGAGUACCGGGGGAACCAGACGUACAUGCAGCGGCAGUUCAGCUCCAUGCUGCAGCCCGGAGUUAACAAGUUCUCCCUGCGCAUGUUCGGCAGCCAGAAGGCGGUGGAGAAGGAGCAGGAGCGGGUAAAGUCAGCGGGGAACUGGAUUAUUCACCCGUACAGCGACUUCAGGUUUUAUUGGGACUUCACCAUGCUGAUGUUCAUGGUGGGAAACCUGAUCAUCAUCCCAGUAGGCAUCACCUUCUUCAAGGACGAGACAACCACACCCUGGAUCAUCUUCAACGUUGUCUCUGACACCUUUUUUCUCAUGGACUUGGUUCUUAACUUCAGGACAGGGAUCGUUUUCGAGGACAACACUGAGAUCAUCCUCGAUCCCAAGAAGAUCAAGAAAAAGUACCUCAAGAGCUGGUUUGUGGUGGACUUUGUCUCCUCUAUUCCUGUGGAUUAUAUCUUCCUCAUCGUGGAGAAGGGGAUCGACUCUGAGGUGUACAAAACGGCCCGGGCGCUCCGCAUCGUCCGCUUCACUAAGAUCCUCAGCUUGCUGCGCCUGCUCCGGCUGUCCAGACUCAUCCGGUACAUCCACCAGUGGGAGGAGAUCUUCCACAUGACAUACGACCUGGCGAGUGCCGUGGUGCGAAUAUUCAAUCUGAUUGGGAUGAUGCUGCUGCUGUGCCACUGGGACGGCUGCCUGCAGUUCCUUGUUCCCAUGCUGCAGGAUUUUCCAUCUGACUGCUGGGUCUCCCUCAACAAGAUGGUGAAUGACUCAUGGAGUGAGCUCUACUCAUUUGCCCUCUUUAAGGCCAUGAGCCACAUGCUGUGCAUUGGAUAUGGCAGGCAAGCUCCAGAGAGCAUGUCGGACAUCUGGCUGACCAUGCUCAGUAUGAUCGUAGGAGCCACCUGCUACGCCAUGUUCAUCGGCCAUGCAACUGCACUCAUCCAGUCUCUUGAUUCGUCUAGACGCCAGUACCAGGAAAAGUACAAGCAAGUGGAACAGUACAUGUCGUUCCACAAACUACCGGCUGAGUUCCGACAGAAAAUCCACGACUACUACGAGCACAGAUACCAGGGCAAGAUGUUUGAUGAAGAGAGCAUCCUGGAGGAGCUUAAUGAGCCUCUGCGCGAGGAAAUCGUCAACUUCAAUUGCCGUAAGCUGGUGGCCUCCAUGCCGCUGUUUGCCAAUGCUGACCCCAACUUUGUGACAGCCAUGCUCACCAAACUGAGAUUUGAGGUCUUCCAGCCUGGAGACUACAUCGUCAGAGAGGGCACCAUUGGCAAGAAGAUGUACUUCAUCCAGCACGGGGUGCUGAGUGUCCUGACCAAAGGAAACAUCGGCAUGAAGCUGAUGGACGGCUCCUACUUUGGAGAGAUCUGUCUGCUGACUCGUGGCCGACGGACGGCCAGCGUGCGGUCAGACACCUACUGUCGCCUGUACUCUCUAUCGGUGGACAAUUUCAACGAGGUGCUGGAGGAGUACCCCAUGAUGAGGAGGGCCUUUGAGACGGUCGCCAUCGACAGACUGGACAGGAUAGGCAAGAAAAACUCAAUCCUGAUGCACAAAGUUCAGCAUGACCUCAACUCGGGUGUUUUCAACAACCGUGAGAACGAGAUGAUUCAGGAGAUCGUGAAAUACGAUCGAGAGAUGGUCCAGCAGGUGGACGUGCAACAACCACUGGCCAUGUCCAUGACACCUCCAUGUUCCUCCAUCCAGCCUCGAGAUUCAGCCAUCGCUACUUUGCAGCAGGCCGUAGCCAUGAACUUCUGUCCUCCCAUGCAGGGAAACUCGGCGGGAGCGGGGAGCCUGCAGUCUCCCAGGAUGGUGAGGAGGUUCCAGGUCAUACAGAAUGUGCCCAGCCCCGUCCCAGCGUCUCCAUUACUCCACGCUCCUGGGGUCUUUGCUCCAGUUCUGGCCAGCCCUCCCGUCCAGAGCCCGCUGGUAGCUGGAGGACGAUCAUUCCAGUAUGGAUCCAGCGGCCUGGCCUGUCCCAUUUCUGGCUCCCAGCUUUCACUGGCAGCCCAGCAGCACACGGCCAGCCCUACUCACUGGCCGGGCGCACGUAAAAGCUCCCAUUCUUUGCAGCUGGUCAGCCUGGGCCAAGAUGCCAGGGUGUUGUCGGCCUCCCAGCCCUCGUUGCCACACGAGGGGGCACAGCCCGCUGCCCCUAGUCCACCACAGUCUACUCGUGUUUCCUCCACUUCCAUCGGACCCCCUCAGACUCCGUCAGGUCACACAAGUGUCCGGAGCGCUUUACCACAUAGAGUGGUGCUCCCCACCCAGAUGUCAGCGGGGGCUUUCCCUGCAGCAUCUCUGCCUGGGUCUGUGCACGCUUUUGCAGGCGCUGCAGGGCUGACAGUUGGAGCUUUGGGAACAAGUCAGGCGGAUUCGGGAAGACCCAAGAAAGACUCAGUCGUGAGCCUUCCCGAUACAGAGCAUAUCAAAGUCAGAUCGAGGCUAUCAUCAAACUUGUGAUCUUGAACUUUAGUUGGAGGGCGACUUGGUGAGGAGCACGGCUGCAGGAACGCCUUCCUCCUCUCUCUUCCUCAGUUUGACUACCUGAAUGUAUGAAUGUUUAGUGAACCGCGAGCAUCUACAGUAAGAGACUGUUAAAGAGACGUAAUAAAACCUGUAUGGUGACGUUUGAAACUGAAGCACUGACAUAUUUGUAGUUGCACAGAUGAGUAGGGGUAAAGUAGCAUCUUUCACAACAUAGAUAACAACAUAUACUUCACUAUCGUCUUGUUCAACUCAUUUAAUGCAAACUUGGGUUUGGAUGGGAUUCAAAGACAUUGGGGUACCUGAGACUGGCACUCUCAUGGGGUUUAACUACAUGUUUUCAAAGUGUUGACUGCUAAAGACCCUUUUAAAUAAAUGCAUAAACUCAAUUGGCAAGCACAUGUCAAGCAAGACCUAAUAUGACAAGCCACAGACGGACAAAACCACUCUGCUUUGACCAAACCCAGCCAUAUUUUCUCCAAUCCAUAAAAGUUUUUUUUGGUUGUUUGUUUGUUUUUUUUUCUUUUAACUUCCCCUGCUCUCUGGCAUUUUAGUCUAAUCUGAAAAAGACACACCUAAGACACAUGGUUAUUGUAUAUAUACAUCUUCAAAAAUAUACACAUCAUGCAAAAAAUGAUUAAUUGGCUGAUAAAAGAGAAAGAAAUUGACAAGCUAUUGGAGACCCAACCAGAGCUCAGUGGAGCGGUCUGUAAUGAACUGAGCUCCAGCUAAAGGUACAAGAAGAGAACAUGUGUCAACAAAUCAAGCAGACUAGUAAGGUAGGCAGAACAAAUGUGUUUAUUUUGGCCAUGUCAUUUCAUGUAAAUAAAAUUUAUGUUGCUUUGAAAUUUAGAGGUCAAUUUGAUCCAUUAAAAAAAAAACACUCACAAGCAAUUUAUAUUUCAUAUAAUGAAAAUAUUAUAUUAUACAUUGCAAAUUAGUGUCAGUUGUUUGCAAACCAACUCUCCACACGUUUCAUUGCAAAAGGUCAGACUUUUAUUGCCAAAAUAUAAAUCCAUUCUUUUCUAAGCUUGAAUUUCAAUUUGUUUCAGCAGCUGUCUGGGCGAUAGGUCGCUCUGCAAAGUCGAUGCAGACAAAAAAUGUAACUCCAGCGAAGCUUAUUCCUGCUGCUAACGCUACAGUUUGGUUCAACAGCCAAAGACAGUGGAUAACUGUUCGGAAGUGUAGUGCAAUGUGCCUCCGUCAUCAGUAAGAGGUCAUUGAACGCCACUGAUUUGUGUCAAAAAGCAUUAGGAAAGGGUCAGUUUUCUUCUGGACCUGACAUUCUAGUCAGCUCAUCUCCCUAAAGCCUGGACCAUUACUGGGUAUUGAGAGUGGAAAUUGGAAUCCCAUGGGCACGUUUGGGGCAGUUAUUAUCUCCCUCCGGCUGGAUUUCAUUACACAGUGCCAAUAAUGAGCUCCUUUCCUAGGAUCGUUUUGCAGUUUAUUUAGUUUGGUUUCCAUUUCUGUGUUGGUACCACCUUGAGAGUUCCGAAGUGGACAAACCGGACAAUUUAUACACAUUUUUAUGCAGUCUUUAUGAGAUCCGUUGUGUUUGCUUUAUGCCUAAAUUUUGCCCACUGGAACUCAUUUAGGAGCUCAAACAUGCCAAACAGAGGCUUGAGAAUAGUGUUGCUGAGCUUUUCAGUUCAUCCACGGGGCAAAUGUGUUAGGAUAAGAAUAGUUAAUGGAUUCAUACCAUGCUGAGUUAUAAGGAGGACUCACUGCGUAAAAAAAUGUUCAGGGUCAGUAUGUAAAUGCAAAACACUCUCAUGCCUGUUAAUAAUGUAAUCCUUCAUGAUUCAAAAAUCACCUUCACAGUUUCAAAAAACCCAACGAUUAAGAGUGAAACCAAAGUUCUGAGGCCUGCAUUUUUUUGUUUCAAAUUUUCACAGCAUCAACAUGACAUAAAUCAGAUAAAAAUAUAAUAUGCUAAAUACACAAAUUUUCUCAGAAUGUGUUUAAUGACACAAAGCAAUAAUGAUUCGGUGAAAAACAAAGGAGACAGUCAUUUUAUGCAGAGGAUAUUCUACUGUGAAUGUGAGGUUUCAGUCGAGGUGCAAUAUUUCAGAUUUUAGACAGAUUUUCCAAACUUUCUUGGGAACUUCUUUUUAACAGUUGUCUUGUAAGCAGAUAUUCAGAUCUGAACCACAAUCUUCACCAAAAGGAACUUGACAUAUAUGAUUAUUUCUGUGUGUAAACAUGUUAACUUGACUGCUUAUUUACGUAGCCUAGUUCACUUGAAAUAUAGUCUGACUGAAAAACGAAGACUGUUUUGAAAGAGUAAUCUAUUUUUAGUCUCUCUGCUUGAUGCAUAUUAUCUGGUAUGAACUGAUAAUAAUUAAAGCAGAAAAAAUAAGUUUGCAUUACAGAAAAUGUUUCGCUUCUUCUUCUACAGCCGCUUGCUGGACCAGCCCGAGUGUAUAUAAUCCUCUACCAGUUCCUGUGAGGUCUGCAUGCUUUCUCUUUUUGUGUAUGUUUUAUUUGUUUAGCCAUUUUUUGUACUUUUGUGCUUUCUUUUGUUCCCCCUUUUCAUUUCAGUGCAGUACUCUUAAUCAACAUAUUGCCAGAACGCGCAUCGUGUUGCAGCAUUACAAGCAUGUUUUGUGUUAUGUAAAGAUUACAACUCAGCUGUUACUCUGUUUCCGGUGAACCCUCAAGGCACACACAGCUGCAUCAGUAUUUAUAGCAACAUCUGUAUUAGCUUUUUAAAAGUACUCACGACAACCCCGACUGUCAAAACUUUAUUCUUUGAACCUCACUUUUCUUGUUUCAAUGGUUCAGCUUCUCCAGAGACGUUUAUAUUUACAGUUUUUAUUCUGACGUCCUUCAGAGUAUGAAGCAUGGCAGUUUGAAAUGUUUACCUACAUGGACUGUGCAAGGAUUCAAGGAAUUAUGCAAGGUUGUGAUUUGUGAGCUAACAUCACAAAUGCACAAGAGAAUUCACUCAAAAGUACAUAUUGCACUUUUUAUACUUGUUCUCGUGUCUAUAUGAUGGGAUACUUUACUAAUGAGUCAACAUUAGCUAUCUUUUACAUCACUGCUUUCUCUCUUCACUCCUGCCUUUGUCCUGAGAUCCCAGACAUGUUGGUGUGAGUAACCAUUUUCAAGAAAACCGCCAUUCACCCAUUUUAAAGCUGAUAUCAAAUCAUAAAUUGGUUAGUUGAUGUACUCUGACCUCUUCCCUUGAUUUCUUUUUUGAAGUAAACAAAUGAUCUCAGGUGAUUGCCCUCUGACAAACCUGAUAUUAACAGUGCAGUCCACACAUGCCAGGGACCCAAUUUCCUCUUACUAAGCCGCCCUGGAGCUGUCACCAAGCAUAAACUGUCCUGAGUUUACCCAGUGCCUAGGAAUGAUCAUAAUCCCCACAUACAUGUACGAUAUUCUUUGUGUGAGAGUGUGUGUGUGUGUGUAUGUGUGUGUCUGUGUGUGCAGGUACUACACAAUGCAAGCUCCUCAUAAUGCAAACAUCACUGUCAAAUCGUGUAA